AUGAGGACGCUCCGAAGAGAGAUUGGUCCGCUAAUGCUGAUGCUUGGUGCAAGAUUUGCUGGAAGAAGAUUGCACAGGGAGAGGCGGAGGCUUCUAGAGAGGCCUCCUCCUCGGGCUCGUCCUCGAGUACAGAAAUCGAGGAGCCGGAGCAAGAGGAUGCAGCGCGGCGAGCCUAUGUGGCACAGCAUGUUAGUGCUGACCUUGUGUAUGUUUGGGAAGAGAUGGGAGUCAGCCUGUUGCAUCAACGCGGCGAGCUUGGUGAGCGAUAUCGUAGUGUGGCAUUGUUUUCUUCCAUUGCAGACACGCGGGCCGAUGCCCGGGCAGUCUUGCGAAAUGAAGUGA